GCCACAACAACCAUACCAGAAAAGAAAAAAACAAAAAACAAACACAUUUUCAUGGCAACUUAAACUCUCCUCCCACAACUUUGGCAUCUCAAUCUCUCCCUUUGCAACUCAUCUCUCCUCAUUUGAGUUCUUCGACUUCAUAUCCCACCUCACAGUUCACAGUACUUAUCAUUUUUCCUCGAAGAUGGCUAGUGAAAAAGAAUCGUGUGGCGGGUUGGAAUGGACCACGAAAAAACCUGAUGGGACGACGAAGAAGUUGCAGCCCGAAUCUGGGUUGGCCCACAGAGCCUUCAUGAGAUUGAAGGGUUUGAUUUUAUGGUUUGUAUCAAAGAUUUGGAGCUUUCUAGAAAAAGCUUGGAAUUUAGGUGUCUCUGAGCCCAAAAAGGUUAUUCAUUGUCUCAAAGUAGGACUGGCUCUGUCUCUCGUCUCAUUGUUUUACUAUGUGAGGCCUUUGUAUGAUGGUGUUGGCGGGAAUGCUAUGUGGGCAGUUAUGACCGUUGUGGUUGUUUUUGAAUACACAGUGGGUGCAACACUCUGCAAAAGCAUCAACAGAGCAACUGGAACUUUUCUUGCCGGUUGUCUGGGUAUCGGUGUUCAUUGGAUUGCUACUCAAUCUGGAGCAAAAUUUGAGCCAGUGAUCGCCGGCGUGUUUAUUUUUAUUCUCACUUCAACAGCAACUUUCUCGCGAUUCAUUCCAUCGUUCAAAGCAAGGUUCGACUACGGUGCCAUGAUCUUCAUCCUCACCUUCAGUUUGGUGUCGGUCUCAGGCUAUCGUGUAGACAGAUUGUUCGAAAUGGCACAUCAUAGAGUGGCAACGAUUGUCAUCGGAACCGCCAUCUGCAUUCUUACAAGCAUGAUCUUCUGCCCCGUCUGGGCAGGCAAAGAGCUUCACUUUCUCAUAAAUCGAAACAUGGAAAAACUUGCAGAUUCCUUGGAUGGAUGUGUAGCAGAGUACUUCAACGACGAUGGAAAUGCAAACGAGCAAGAUUCCACAAAAAAAGAUUCCGGGAAAAUGCUGCGAGGUUACGAAUGUGCACUUAAUUCAAAGGCGUCAGAGGAAACCAUGGCGAAUUUUGCGAGAUGGGAGCCUGCACACGGGCCCUUCAAUUUCCGGCAUCCAUGGAAACAGUACCUCAAGAUUGGCGCUGCAAUGCGCAACUGCGCUUUCUGCAUUGAAUCUUUUAAUACUUGCAUCAACUCAGAAAUUCAGGCACCAGAGUUUCUAAAGAACAACUUCAGUGAUGUUUGCAUUAGACUGAGCUCUCAUUGUUCCAAAGUCUUGAAAGAAUUGUCAGUGACAAUGAAAACCAUGACAAAGUCAUCUGCCACAGAUUUAUUGGUUUCUGAAAUGAACUUCGCAGUUCAAGAGCUUCAAAAUGACCUAAAAGCCCUUCCCAACUGGCUACUUUUGGACUCGCUACCGGCAAAUAAUGAAAAAGAAGAGCCAAACACAGAACAGUUGAUAGUACCUCUCACAGAGAUUCUUCCACUGGCCACAGCAAUAUCUUUGCUGAUCGAAAUAACAGCAAGAAUAGAAGGAAUUGUUGAUGUUGUCGACAAGCUAGCAGAUUUAGCUGAAUUCAAGCCUGAAGAUGAUAAGAAAUCCGAACAAAAGAAAAUAGACGAUCAAACAAUGAAAAUCCUUGAAAAGAUCUGAGUUCGUCAUGAACAAGUCUAUCCUUCGGUUGUUUUCCCAUCAAACUGAAAAAACUUCUCUGUUUGGUAACUGAAACUGUGAAGUGUACACCAUAGAGUAACAAACUUGCAUGACAACACAAUGCACCAAUUUUAGUGUGUGUUUUCUCCACCAUGCAAAUGCAAUCUACAUAUACAAUGUGUUCCAUCGUUAAGUGUCAUUAAUUCAUGAUCCUGAAUAAAUUAUGUUAUCACCACUCAGUUUCAACUUGCUGGAAAA